AUGGGCCUGAAGGUGUCCCCAGAAAUCCAAGUGAUUUGUGCCUCCUGGGCGCUCGCCGGGAUGCCUGUGGUGAUCGCCGCUGGUGUAGGUGUCCUCUACCAUGUCGACCACUUGCUGAGGACGCUUUUCUGGUACUUGGUGAUCAGCUUCCCGCUGGGCAUUUCCGUCUCUGCCUGGCUACUUCUCUCUGGCAAGGUCUGUGACAGUGUGGUCGAAGAUGAGAUCCAACGCCUUGGCUCUGUGUUCGUCUGCGGUUUCACGGAGAGCUUCGUGUUCAUGUGGACGACAGUGGCUGCGUUGCUUCACGCGUAUCUGAUCUACGUGGUGUGGUCCGCCGCAGAGGAGAUCACGGAGAUGACCUACAACUCAGUGUCCCUCUCCGCGUAUUCCAACAAGCUUCAGUUCAUGGCGAGCAUGGGCCAAGCUGCUCCCGAAGUGAAAUCGGUGCCAGUCAUGAACCCUGGCGUUUCCAUGGCGCCACGAGAGCAGGAUGAAGCCGCGCCUCUGCCGACGGAGGCCUACGUCAUCAAAGCUGAGGGACAGGCCAUGGAGCUCCAAAGCAUUCUCCUACCGCCACUGACGGAAACCCAGGUGGAGGUGGAGAUGAGCCAUUGUGGUCUUAGCCGAGCCGAUUUACACAUGCGUGACAACGACUGGGGAGUCUCGGACUUCCCACUUGUCCUUGGCCACGAGGGUUAUGGAAUGGUCCGAAAGCUUGGAAGCAAAGUUCAAAGCCUGAGAGUGGGUGACAGGGUUGGAGUUGGCUGGAUUCGGGAUUCUUGCAGACUUUGCGAUGCCUGCGGCGAGGGCAUGGAGAAUCUCUGCGAGACCGGCUACCAAGGCACCUUCCUCGGCAGCUCUGCCGGCCCUUUCGGCAAGGUGCCCAGCAACGAAUUUGGUGGCUGCUUCUCGAAGAUCGUGCGGGUGGAGGAGGCUUUCGCAUUCUUACUAGCCCCAAGCCUGCCACCAGAACUUGCGUGCCCUUUGAUGGGUGCAGGUGCUGCCAUGUACGAGGCACUGUGCACGUGGGUGAAGCCCGGAUCCAGUGUAGGCAUUGGUAGCUUCGGUGGGCUCGGCACGCUGGGAACGCAGCUGGCAAAGAAGAUGGGUGCAAAGGUCACUGUCUUCAGCGCGAGCGCAGGGAAGCGCGAGGCGGCGCUGGAGGUGGGGGCGGAUGAGUUUGUGAGCACGGCAAGUUCGGCUUCGAUGAUGAGGGCCGAGAACAGCAUCGACGCCUUCUUCGACACAUCUCCGGUGAACGCGGGACUUAACCAGUUGAUGAAGCUCCUGAAGAUCAAUGGGACUUUAGUCCGGGUAGGUAUUCCUUUCGCUGCUGAUGCAGAGCUUCAGGCAAGCUGGCACCCCCUGAUCUUCAGUGCAAGAAAGGUUGUUGGCUCCAUUGCCUGUGGCAGAAGGCGCACCAAAGAGAUGCUCCAUCUGGUGUACAACAACCUAGACUUUUUCUCCCAGUCUUCCGCGUGGACAACCUCCCAGAUCAGACCCUUUUCGGAAGUGAACGAAGCGAUGAAGCAACUGCAGGAACAGCGGAUGGAGUCAUUCCGCAUUGUCCUUCAGUGGUGCUCUUUCAAGGCUUUCACGAGACUCCGGUCGAGGUUUGCCCCUGAUACUGCCGCGCCGGCUGCGGCUGUGCAGUCCGCUGGGGCUGCAGCGAUGGGCAAUCAGAGCUUUCCAGCGCCGACCAGUGAUGUCUUCAAGUCGGCGGUGCCCGGUGACUCCGUGGACGUGCCGACGGAGGAACCCUUCGUCCGGGAACCUCCGGCGGACAAGGAUUUUACGCCACAGUCAGAGAAGAAGCCCACGCCGCAGAGUGCCCGCUCGGUCGGUGCACCUCAGAGCUUCUUUCCUUCACCGAGCAGCGGUGCGAAUUUCGCCUAA